AUGUCCGACACCACUCAAGAUACGUUGUUACAGCGUCUUUCAGAAUUUCUGAUCACCUAUGGUCCCCUCCCAGGCGAUAUAGACUUCGGCGAAGAACUUACCGAGGCUCAUAGUCUUAUUGCUGAGUGUUUGGAGGCUCUCACCAAGCCUCUCGACACCCCCACGCCACCAGAACCCGUCAUCGAUACGGCCCAGGAAGAGCAAACCUUGUGCGAUAACCAGGAAGAUUCUACCGAGAUCAUCCGAGGUCGUGACGAGGUUAUCGUUGCUUUGAAAAUUGAGCUGGAGGAAUCGAAGGCUGAAGAAGAAGAGCUUCGGUAUCGCCUGGCACUACAUCAGGAAAGUCUCGCCACCGCUGACGAGAACCUCGCUGAUGCUGAAGAUGAGAUUCUUCACAUCACCUCUGUUGCAAAGGCCUGGGAGGCCCAAGCCAAUGUCACCAUCGCUGAUCUUCGUUCUCGCAUCUCUGCCGCCAUAGUUAAGCCCCGAUCCCGCCAUGUCUCUGUUAAACCUCGUUAUCUCACCCCUCGCUCCCAAGACCCCCGUACCAUCAACAAUUGGCGAGAAAAGCCAAUUGAACAAGUGUCUCAAAAGCCGGCGUUAAAAGCCCCGCCACCUGUUUCUGUUCUCCCUGCUGCUGCUGUGUCUGAGGAUAAAAUGUCCGAAGACUCUCUUGUUGUUACCUGUUCGGUCUCUCAGAAUCUCGACUCUUUUAUUCCCACCUACGCUCUCAUUGAUACUGGAGCAUCAGGAUAUGCUUUUAUCGAUGAAUCUUUUGUACGCCACAACAAUCUCACAAUGACCCGCCUUAAAGUACCUCGUCAGGUAUAUGUUAUGGAUGGGAGGCCUAUUGAAUCAGGAAAGAUCACCCAUAUUGUCAAUGUGUCGCUGGAUAUCCAUGGUCAUCGAGAAACUGCAUCAUGUUUUGUAACGAAGCUGGGACACUAUCCAAUUGUGAUGGGAAUACCUUGGAUGCGACGUCACGAUGUUACGAUUCGGCCGAAGGAAAAUUUACUUGUUUUUGACUCUCGAAACUGUUGUCAACACUGUUCACUCAGUGGAACGACAGUCACUGUCCAUGGAAUAUCGAUCCCCCUACCGGAACAUCAUACUGUUGUCGUUUCAGCAGUUGAGAAAUCCACCAUCGACGUCAAGCAACUAGUACCAAAGGAGUUCCACCAUCGUCUCCACAUGUUCCAAGAAUAUGAUGCUUCUGUCCUGCCGCCACAUCGACCGUCCCAUGAUAUUGAGAUCGUAUUGGAGGAAGGUAAACGACCUCCAUAUGGACCAAUAUACGGCCUAUCCCAGAUCGAAUUAAAAGCGCUACGGGAAUACCUUAAUGAAAAUCUACCAAAGGGAUUUAUCAGGGCUAGUGAAUCACCGGCGGGAGCACCCAUACUUUUCGUAAAGAAAAGUGAUGGGACUCUUCGACUCUGUGUGGACUAUCGAGGUUUAAAUGCGAUUACUGUUAAAAAUCGAUAUCCAUUACCACUGUUAAAGGAAACUUUGGCCAAGCUUUCGAGGGCACAAUAUUAUACCAAGUUGGAUCUACGUUGGGGAUAUAAUCAGAUCAGGGUAGCCGAGGGAGAUGAAUGGAAGACGGCUUUCAGGACUCGUUAUGGACAUUUCGAGUACACAGACCAUAUUCAGAAGGUUCUAAAGGUACUUGAUGAGAAUCAUGUUCACCUUAAACCCGAAAAAUGCGAGUUUAUGGUUCAGGAAACGAAGUAUCUCGGCCUUAUUCUCACUCCGGAUGGGAAUAGGAUGGAUCCAAAGAAAGUUGUUGAUGUGUUAGAUUGGUCCACACCAAGGAAUCUUCAUGACGUUCAAGUAUUUCUGGGAUUUGCGAAUUUCUAUCGGCGCUUUAUCUUGGGAUAUUCGAAAAUUGUUGCUCCGCUUACAGCCUUAACGAAGAAAAAUGUUAAAUUUGAAUGGACAGAUGGAAGAGAAGAAGCAUUCCAAACAUUGAAAAAGAUGUUUACAACGGCACCAAUCCUAGCGCAUUUUGAUCCAGAUCGAAGAAUCGUGGUAGAAACUGAUGCGUCAGAUUAUGUCUCUGCAGGAAUUCUAUCUCAACGUGAUGAUGAAGGGAUCCUACAUCCGGUCGCAUUCUUCUCCAAGAAGCAUUCCCCUGUGGAAUGUAACUAUGAAAUCUAUGACAAAGAACUCCUGGCAAUCAUACGAUGUUUUGAGGAAUGGCGACAUCAUUUAGAGGGGGCACAAUUCCCAAUUGAAGUUCUUAGCGACCAUCGGAACCUCGAAUAUUUUAUGUCAACAAAGUUAUUAAACCGUCGACAAGCCCGUUGGUCAGAAUUUCUUUCACAUUUCGAUUUCGUCAUUCAAUUUAGAUCAGGAAAACAAGGGGCGAAACCAGAUGCAUUGACUAGGAGGUCAGGUGACCUACCUAAAGAAGGGGAUGAGCGGUUGACCCAUCAGAGUCAAGUAGUGUUGAAGCGAAAAAAUUUAGAUGCAAAGCUAAGUUUGUUCGCGGGUUCUUUUUCAAAUGAAUCCGCUGAAGGAAUGUCCACUGUAGAAGAGUUGUUUUUAAAUGCUUACCAAGUUGACAGUUUCCCGAACAAAGUCCUUGCAAUGCUUCGGAAUGGCGUCCGUUACUCGAAUAAGAUUUCGCUUGCUGAAUGCACGGAAGACAAUAACGGUCGGCUACUUUAUCGUGGCGCACUCUAUGUACCGGAUGACAACGAUCUUCGGCUAAGACUCCUAAAGGAACAUCAUGACAAACCAUCGGCAGGCCAUCCAGGCAAAGCGAAGACUCUGGAACUCCUGAAUCGAGAGUACUACUGGCCACAGAUGCGAAAAUAUGUCGACCAGUACGUUAGGAAUUGCAAUGUGUGUGACCGUAGCAAGGCACCAUGCAAUGCACCUUAUGGGGUACUUCGACCUAUGCCAAUACCCGAUGGACCAUGGAGGGACGUAUCAAUGGAUUUCAUUACUGAUCUUCCGGAAAGCGAUGGAUAUAAUGAGAUAUUGGUGGUAGUGGAUCGACUAACCAAGAUGCGACAUCUGAUUCCCACAACUAAAGAGGCGGAUUCAAAAGAAGUAGCGACGUUGUAUAUCGAUAAUGUUUGGAAAUUACAUGGACUCCCUGAAACUAUGGUAUCUGAUCGAGGAACACAAUUUGUUGCGGAAUUCUGGAGGUCCCUUUGCGAUCGUUUGGAAAUAUCGCCAAAGUUCUCUACAGCGUUUCACCCCCAGACGGAUGGACAAACGGAAAGAAUCAAUGCUGUGAUGGAACAAUACCUUCGAAGUUAUGUUUCUUAUCAACAGGACGACUGGGUUCGAUGGUUGCCAAUGGCCGAGUUUGCAACAAAUAACCAUGCUUCUGAAACGACGAGAAUCUCUCCAUUUUACGCCAACUCGGGGAGGAAUCCAAGAAUGACUUUUGGUCCCUUGGAACAUGGUAGGACGACAGCGGAGGAUCAGGCUAAUAGUAUUGCAAGGGAGAUGAAGGAUAUAUUAGAUUUCCUAAAGGAUGAACUAUUCCGAGCGCAAAGAAUUCGGGAAGAAUCGGCCAAUAUACGUCGAACUCCAGCACCUCACUAUCGUGUGGGGGAUAAAGUUUUCUUAUCGACCCGCUAUAUCCUUACCAAACGACCAUCGAAGAAACUCGAUUGGAAGCGUAUUGGGCCGUAUGCUAUUAAGCGAAUCGUUAAUCCCUAUGCCUACGAGUUGGAACUUCCCCAUUCUAUGAAGGUUCAUCCCGUAUUCCAUGUCUCUUUAUUGUCGUCUGCAGCAAACGAUCCUUUACCAGGACAACAACAGUUACUACCACCGCCGGUCGAAGUUGAAGGACAGGAGGAGUGGGAAGUCGAGGAUAUUUUGGAUUCCAGGGAUCGUCGGGGAAGAUUUGAAUACUUGGUAAAGUAUAUUGGUUAUGAUGAAGCUUCGUGGCAGCCAUUGUCGGAUGUCGAACACUCGCCCGAUAUCGUCAAACGAUUCCAUGAACGUUAUCCACGGAAGCCUAAGCCUACCAGGAGGUAG